AUUUUAACCCGAUUGUUUUGUUUACUUGAAUAAUCCUUAAUCGGCGAGUGCCUUUGCGAAGCAAUCCUCGGUGCUCAGCCGCCUGCGAAGCAAUCCUCGCCGACGAUUCUUGUCACCCUUUGCUCAGUCGGUGUCGGAUCUCAGACCCAGCCCCCGAAGCCCUCUCUCAAAAUCCUCCGGUCUCGCUCGGCUCCCUUGCCUCAGUACGCUCUUAAGUUCUGAGUUCUCUCAUUCUUCGUCGGGCUUAGGGUUUCAUUUUCGUCGCCGUAGCCGUCGCCGACUGCAACCCACGGCUCAUCGCUGCCUCAGCUUCACGAUUCACGCAGGGAGCCGUCGCCGACUGCCACCCACGGCCCAUCGCUCGCUCGAGUCGCUCGCCAGCCUCACCCAGUCGCCCUUACACUCUUACAGUGUAGAUCUAAGAUCUGUAGUCUGACAUUACACAGCGAAGACGACGACACGCCGAACCGCCGAAGUGCCGACUGCGAACCACGGAACCAGCUAGCAGACAUAAGCUUGACCUGUUGGGUUGGUAAGAAGCUACUAUGAGCGCAAAGGCACCCCCACCACCUGAAACUUGCCCACCCAAAUUGAUUGUUUUGAAUGGAGCAUUGAAAUUGGCUGAACAAUGGGUUGACAAUAUGAGCGGGACAUUGGAUGAAGGAUCACAUGAAGUUGAAUUAGAGGGUCGACCAUCUAGGCUUGGACUGGGUGCGACAGCUACACGCCAAUACAACCUUGGACCUUUGAAUGAUCCAGUUGAAAGGAAAUUACGUGCCAAAUUGAAUGCAGGAAAAAGAAAAGCUGCUGAAAGUACUGAAAUAUCCAAGCCAUUCUCAUCUUCCGGGAAUGGAUGCGGUGCCGAUGAUGAUGAUGAUGAUGAGGAUUUGGAGAGCAGAACCUGCGCAUUUUCCCGGAAGAGGGUAGUUUCUCAAGUUCCAUCUCUGCAAGGGAAGAAGAAACUUAAGUAACUUGCAUUUUGGAGCCAUUCUUAAAAAUCGUAGUUCUUCAUUUCUUCCUCGUACACAGUUUUUAUUUUUUUCCUCUCCCCUCAGGGAAAAUAGGGGGAGAGACCCAAGGGGGAGAAUUGAUCCUCGGAGAGGUAGAGAGAGGAGAGGAUUGGACUCGAUUCAUGUGCAGUACUAAUUGGACUCUAAACUCACGUGCAGUAGUACUAAAUGUACCUAGCGAGGAAUGCAAUGUUGGUUUCUGGUGGGAGGUUUGGAUGUAGAGAACCAAUUGGCUGGAGUUGGGGGAGCAGUGAUGGUUCAAGGACUGGGAAGGGCUGUGCUGGUUGCUGCCCUAAGCUUUAACUAAACGUGAUCUGUCGUGGAAGCUAGCUUUGUUUUGGUCAUUUGUUAAGCUUUUGUUUGGGUGCACUCAAAAAAAGGGCUUAUAAUACUAUUACUUGAAGUUAGUAUUUUUACCCCAAAAAAAAAAAAAAAAUAAUGUUGUUUUGACUUAUAUUGUAACAAAGUAUCUAUUAGAAAAAUAUUUCGGUGUA